CUUGAGACAACAGAAGCUGUCUGACAUCUCAGGCUCAGGAAGAUGGAACGGCUGCUGGUCUUACUGGCCCUGCUCUGUGCUGGUCAUGCUGUACAUCAAGAUCUGUUGGAGAAUGUUUUUACCUUUCCACUGGAGAGCCCAACUUCUAGUGUUAAGCUCACUUCCAGUGGCGUACAGUCCAUCACAGCUAUGACUGUAUGCAUGAGAUAUUUCUCUUCAGUGACCCGAGCCCAGAGUCUGUUCUCCCUGGCAGUCCCAUCUGAGUCCAAUGCCUUCUUACUCUUCAAGCCGUCUGUCAAUGUCUAUAGGCUGCACGUCCAAGGGACAGCUCUGGAUAUCAGCGGGCUGCCCCAUGACACAGAUGACUGGAACUCCGUUUGCUGGACGUGGGAGUCCCAACAUGGAUUGACGACACUGUGGGUCAAUGGAAAACGUAGUGCUCGGAAAAUUCUGCGGGACAAAGCCAUUAUUACUGGUGCGCCAAGUAUAGUUCUGGGUCAAGAUCAAGACACUUAUGGUGGAGGCUUUGAUCAAAAUCAGAGCUUCGUAGGUGACCUCACAGAUGUGCACCUCUGGGACAGUGUCAUCUCUCCAUGUCAGAUCAGGUUCUUUAUGGAGGGUAGUGCCUUCAAUCCUGGAAACCUUGUUAACUGGAAUGACCUGCAGUACUCCAUCACAGGCUCUGUGCAUGUGGAAAACAGUGACUUUGAUAAAGUCACAUGCCAUUAGUUUAUUGAGAUUGUAUAAUUCAAAGCAGAUAAUGUCUCUUUAAAUAGAAGAAAAACACACUGUGUCGUCAAUUAAAGCCAAUGAAGAAUUGUUUCACAAAAUAAAGACUGUCAGCAACCUG